AUGAGCAUCGACACGCCAGCCAAAGAUACAUCAGUAUCAACGCCUUCUAGCAAAGAAGGUAACCCGGGAACAAAAGAGAGCGAGAAAGCUACUGAAACACCAACCUCAAAUUACUCGGCAAAUCUCCUCUCAUCCCUCCUCUCGCCAUUUUCAUUUUCAAAAGAGACGCCAAAAGAGACAUCAGAGAAAUCAAAAACGCAUAUAUUAAUCGGCCCAACAAACCAAAAACCAGAACAAUACUACGCACCAGAAGAAACACCGCUCUUCAAGAAAUUACAAAAGUCCCGCUUAACAAGGACCCGCACGAAACAGCUCCUUCGGGCCGCGGAAAGAGAAUAUAAUGACCCGCCCCCGCCACCGGGAUUGGGUGAUUGCUGUGGGAGUUCGUGUGAUCCUUGCGUGAGGGAUCUUUGGAAGGAGGAGAUUGGGAUCUGGAGGGAAAGGUGGGGGGAUUGGGCGGAGGAGGAUGAGAAGGAUGGGAAAGAGGCGAAGAAAGAGGUUAGAAAUGAGGAAGAGAAGCCGAAGAAGAAAGAAUUGGAGUGGUGA